AGAGCUUGAAAGGUCCCAUCUAUACCGACCUUUUCACAUCAAUCCCUUCUUAUCAACAAUGGCUUUCACUCCUCGUGGUGGUGCUCCUCGCGGCAGAGGCGGCUUUGGCGGAGAUCGUGGUGGUCGCGGUGGUGGCAGAGGUAUGCGCUCACUUUCAACAGCUCCCUCACAUCGAGCAGCUGCUGACUCUAUACAACAGGUGGAUUCGGCGACCGUGGUGGCCGUGGCGGCGGCAGAGGUGGAUUUGGCGGAGACCGUGGUGGCCGUGGCGGUGGUAGAGGCGGCUUUGGCGACAGAGGAGGCCGUGGCGGUGGUCGCGGACGCGGCGCACCUAGAGGCGGCGGUCGUGGAGGAGCCAUGGGCGCCAAGGGCGGACAGAAGGCCAUCGUGGAGCCCCACAGACACGCCGGUGUCUUUAUCGCUCGCGGCAAGGAGGACAUGUUGUGCACAAAGAGCAUGGCCCCUGGUGUCGCCGUCUAUGGUGAGAAGCGCAUUACUGUCGACUCUCCUGCACCCGUUGUCGAAAACGGCGAGACUGCCGCUACCACAAAGGUCGAGUACCGUGUCUGGAACCCCUUCCGUUCGAAGAUUGCCGCCGGCAUCCUCGGUGGUCUCCAGGACAUCUACAUGAAGCCCGGCUCCAAGGUCCUCUACCUCGGUUCCGCCUCCGGUACCUCCGUUUCUCACGUCGCUGAUAUCGUCGGUCCCACCGGUACCGUCUACGCCGUCGAGUUCUCUCACCGUUCCGGCCGUGACUUGAUCAACAUGGCUACUCACCGCACCAACGUUAUCCCCAUUGUCGAGGACGCCCGUCACCCCCUCAAGUACCGCAUGCUCGUCGGCAUGGUCGACUGCAUCUUCGCCGAUGUUGCUCAGCCCGAUCAGGCCCGUAUCGUCGGUCUUAACGCCCACUUGUUCCUGAAGGUCGGCGGUGGUGUCCUUGUUUCCAUCAAGGCCAACUGUAUCGACUCGACCGCUGCCCCCGAGGCCGUCUUCGCCCGUGAGGUGCAAAAGAUGAGAGAGGAGCGCAUCAAGCCCAAGGAGCAGCUUACCCUUGAGCCCUUCGAGAGAGAUCACGCCAUGGUUGCUGGUAUCUACCAGCGCGCAGCAUAAACAACUCAAGACUAAAUCGGUCUUGUUUCUGUUUUUUGUUGUCCAAAACUGUGUCAUAUGUGUACGAUCUUUUGAUUACAAAAUGGGUGUCAGAGGAGACGGCUUUCUUCUCUUAUGGCUUAUGGGAAGUGGCGUUCUGAGGUGCAAACAUCAUCCUGGGAGUUUUACGGGCUUAAAGAGCGUGAAAUGCAACAUUUUCUUAUUCUUCUUCACAUCGUCAUUUUCGUGCUCAUCGUCAUCGUGAACGUGAACCAUUAUCUCGUGUCGUGACAGCUCUCAGCCCCAAGCAAGCUCAGCUUCAUUAGCACAAGCAGUGAGCAUCCGUU